GCUCCGGUUUCAUAGUGAAUCCCGAGGCAGAAGCACAUUGGAGCAACCACAGUGUGUUCAGCCCUGUCGCAUAUGUCCCAAACGGCGCAUGGUAUUUUCACUGGCGAGCCUCACAGAGACACACGGAAGCAUGCAUAAAGAACAGCAGCGCUGCUUUGAAAUUCGAGAUUUGGAGUGGGGCUACUCCAGAGUGGUCAUCAGGCUGUAACGGAGGUGCCAUGGGAAGUAAGGCUGCGGUUCCGGAGGCCCUGUCCAGCCUGGAGACGCGGAAAGCCGGGACCUCUGACUUCCAAGCUCUCCGCCUCCGCCUCGCCCUCCAGCGCCCUCUAGCGUCCGCCGGGGCAGCGCCGCUCGGGAAAGGCGCCGGACGCAGGGCGCGCCAUGGGGUCCACCAGCAGCGCGCUCUCUGACUACUCCAACUAUGACAUCAUCAUCCGGCAUUACAACUACACCGGGAAGCUGAAUCUGGGCCAGGACAAGGACAGCGGCCUCAAGGUGACGUCCGCGGUGUUCAUCCUCAUCUGCUGCUGCAUCAUCCUGGAGAACAUCUUCGUCUUGCUGACCAUUUGGAAAACCAAGAAGUUCCACCGGCCCAUGUACUACUUCAUCGGCAACCUGGCCCUCUCGGACCUGCUGGCGGGGGUGGCCUACAUCAUGAACCUGCUCUUCUCCGGGGCCAACACCUACAAGCUGACGCCCGCGCAGUGGUUCCUGCGCGAGGGCAGCAUGUUCGUGGCGCUGUCCGCGUCCGUGUUCAGCCUGCUGGCCAUCGCCAUCGAGCGCUACAUCACCAUGCUGAAGAUGAAGCUGCACCACGAGAGCAGCAGCUCGCGCUCCUUCCUGCUCAUCAGCGCCUGCUGGGUCAUCUCGCUGGUGCUGGGCGGCCUGCCCAUCAUGGGCUGGAACUGCCUCGGCCUGCUGCCCAGCUGCUCCACGGUGCUGCCGCUCUACCACAAGCACUAUAUCCUCUUCUGCACCACGGUCUUCACCGUGCUGCUGCUCUCCAUCGUCAUCCUCUACUGCAGGAUCUACUCGCUGGUGCGCACGCGCAGCCGCCGCCUGACCUUCCGCAAGAACGCGUCCAAGGCCAGCCGCAGCUCGGAGAAGUCGCUGGCGCUGCUCAAGACGGUGAUUAUCGUGCUGAGCGUCUUCAUCGCCUGCUGGGCGCCGCUCUUCAUCCUGCUGCUGCUGGACGUGGGCUGCAAGGUGAGGACCUGCAACAUCCUCUUCAAGGCCGAGUACUUCCUGGUGCUGGCGGUGCUCAACUCGGGCACCAACCCCAUCAUCUACACGCUCACCAACAAGGAGAUGCGCCGCGCCUUCAUCCGCAUCAUGUCCUGCUGCCGGUGCCCCAGCACCGACACCCCCGGCAAGUUCAAGCGCCCCAUCAUCGCUGGCGUGGAGUUCAGCCGCAGCAAGUCCGACAACUCCUCGCACCCCCAGAAGGACGACGGGGACAACCCAGAAACCAUCAUGUCGUCUGGGAACGUCAACUCUUCUUCCUAAAACGGGAAGCAGCCAGCCCAUGGGGAGUGUUCUUGCAUGGUCACCCACCGCCCAGUGUUUGGAAAAACAUCUCCGUGCCGGGGGCCUGGACUGCUGCCAGGGUGGAGCUGCCGGAGCCGGAGCCGGAGGGGGGGCGGGGCGAGCGAAGGGCCGUGACGCCGGGUUGGGGUCGGAGGGUACAGUGAGUCCUGUGAACAAUGCGCCGGGAAGGGUGGAGAGCGGUCCGCGGGCCUGAAGUCUGCUUCCUCUCCCUGAGCUUUGAUUUUGCACUGAGCCAGAGGUUAGCAUGGCCCAGCUCCCGAAGGGUUCGCUCGGCCCCUCCUCGAAGACCGAGGUCGCCUUGGAGCGUGUCCUGGAGCUUUGAGGAGAAGAUGUUUUUUCACUUGAGUUUCCAGCCACGUGUGCACUUCUGCUUCUCUAGGGAUGCUCCAGCCCGCACCCCACCCCUCCUUCCCCUGCGCACCCUCCUCGACAUCCUCCGACUGGGCAUCAUCAGAGCUGGGGUGGCCUGAUCCAUUUCUCCAGCAUCUGUGGCUGGUGGGCUGUGUCCAGGAAGCAGACAGAGGAGCUGGAGACGGUUCGGACAUGGGAGGCAGUUUCAUUUGCUGAGGCCAAAGUUUCCACGCAAGCUGGAUCCGUUGUUUUUGGAAUUUGGUUGUAGUCACUUUGAGGUUUUUUGUUUUUUUUUUUACAUCUUUACAAUGGAAUGCGUUACAGUAUCCUGCCAUUGUGCCUGAAAUCUGCAUGGGGAAGCCCAGCUUAUCUAAUGGUAUCAGCCAGGACCCUUCGUGUCCCCGGGGAGACAAAGGCCCCACACAAGGAGAAAACCCGCCGCGGGCCGGGGAACUUUGUAAACCAGGAGGGAUUUCCUAACGAAUUUGCCUAACAGAUGCAACAUCGGUCUUUGGCACUUUUGUUGAUGUUUAUUACGGAGUGUGUGUGAAGCAUUUCAACCAAUGGUUGUAUCUUGUUGUGUUAAAAGUACUCUUCAUGAUGUUUGAAUGUAUUUGUUUCAGCAUUUUAUUGGAUUUUCCUAACCUGUGUUAACACCAUUGAAUGUGUAUUUCUUAAGAAAGUAUCACCCUCUAUGCCCUUAAAGCAUUACUUUAACUGGUAGGGAACCCAGAAGUUUCCAGUACAGCUGUUUUUUAAUAGUUCAUUGGGCAUGUGUGUAAAUGUUACAAAGAAUAAAAUGUAUUGCUGUCUCUUUAGUAUGGUUUUCAGUGCAAUUAAACCCAGAAAUGUCCUUUUUUUUAAAAAAAUAGUAUUUAAUAGUUUUCUGACUUUUGUGGAUCAUUUUGCACAUAGCUUUAUCAACUUUUAAACAUUAAUAAACUGAUUUUUUUA